AUGGCCCCAAUUAUCCACUGCGUGCGCCAUGCCCAAGGCCUGCAUAAUCUUUGCACCGCCAACCAUGUCAUCCAAGACCCCCUUCUCACCGACCUUGGACACGAGCAAUGCCGAACUCUCCGCGAGAAUUUCCCCCGCCAUGCCAAUAUCGAUCUGGUGACCGCCUCACCCCUCCGUCGCACCCUCUAUACUGCGCUCGAGAGCUUUGCGCCCGUCUUUGAGUCAAAGCCGGAUUUGAAAAUUAUUGCCCUGCCUGAUAUUCAGGAGAUCUCAGACGUUGCAUGUGAUACUGGCAGCGAGCCUUCUGUUCUGAAAGAGGAAUUCCAAACAGUUGAUCUGGAUCUCGUGCAUGAUGGGUGGAAUAACAAGGCAUCCGGUCGCUACGCCCCAACCAACCAUUCCCUCAAGCAACGCGCUCGCGCGGCCCGUCGCUGGCUGAAAGCCCGCCCGGAGAAGGAAAUUGUCAUGGUCACGCACGGCGGGUUCUUGCACUACUUCACUGAAGAUUGGGAAGACAACAGCCAGUUCCAAGGCACUGGGUGGUCUAACACCGAGUACCGCACUUUCUCUUUCACCGAGGAAACACACACAGACGAUCUGGAGGGAUACCCGCUGGAUGGUGAUAAUGCGUCACUCGAGGAGACAAGCGACUCACGGCAACGCCGGGGUAAGACUGGACCUAUGCCUAGCCGGGAGGAACAGAAGACGCUGUAUAAGAAGGGCAUUCAGGGCUGGGGUGACCAGGGAUUGCAGAUGAGUACUGCUGAGCGGGAGGCGGCUAAGGCCACUGGAGGUGAGGAAGUCAACGGCGUCCGGGUAUGA